UUCUCGGCUAGUGCUGUUCUGCUAGCCGUCCUUUCUCUCCGCCUGCUCAGAGUGUUCUGGCGGCGUUCCUCUUUUAUUCUCAUACUCGACUGCGUGCGCCGCUCAUGCGCAGUGGGUUACCCCCACUCCUUCCUUUUCCCCUCCUUCCGUGGUGACGCUUCGGUUUGGCGGCAACUCCCUCCAGCGUCACGCGCCAUAUUGGCUUAACGGCUUUUCAGCUCCGGUCGUCCUCCUGUGUUCUCCUCAGUUUUUCCGCGGUAGACCCUUUGAAUUUCCAUCAUGUGCACCAAAGUUCUCGUGCAACAUUUCUGGGGGUACACCCUCAAUGAUAAUGUUCGACGAAAAGUAAGUAUUUUGGCCCCUUUUCCUGAUUUUUCUGGAAUUGUCGGGCCGGCGUCCUUUGUCCGGAUCAGGCCGGCGUCCCUCGAGUGCUUCUGGGUCCUGAAACCCUGUGAUUUUUCCAGAUCUGUGUUCAAUGCGUCCAACCCACUAUGCUGAGCCGUCACUGGGCCGUGGCUACCCCAUCCUUUACCCAAUUUGGUGGUAUUUUCGACAACCUUCUGAUGGAGGAUGAGCUCUUUUACCAAUGUGGAUGUUGUCUGGAGAAAUGUUACAUCAUUUUGGAGCAGUACGGACCUGGUGGCUACCCUAUGCUUGCACCUAUGCCUCAAAUUCCCCCGCCCGGGGUGUAUUACCCGGCUCCCGCUCCUCCAGCGGCUCUCCCAGUCCUCAAUAUCGAUGAUAUUGCUGCCGUUAUUCAGGACAUCGAGGAUGGCAUCUUGGAACCUGAAGUCGUGGACCUUGUCAGCGACGAUGAGCAAGACUGAACUCAUUCGUUUUGCUGCUGCCGGUUAUGAAGAGGACGGUGUGGCUCGCGAGGAGUGAGAUGUGUUCUCCUUUGGUUUUAAUUUUUCUUUUAAUUCUUCACUUUUACGAGUCUUAGUCUGUUUGUUCCUAAUUUUAUUAAUGAACUUCUGUUGUUAAAUUUGGCGUUUCUUGGAGUCAAGUUUUUUAACUUAUGAUCUCGUCUUAAUGACAUGUGAUUCUUCUGAUUUGCCAUGUGCUUUUAAACUUAGUUCGUGUUAAUGUUCCAAUGUGAUUCUAAGCUUAGUUCGUUUAAUGUUCCAAUGUGAUUCUAAGCUUAAUGAAAUGUGAUUUACUGAGUCCAGUUCCUUCCUUGUAUGACUUGUGAUUACUUCAGAAUAUAGUUUUCAUUGUACUUUUGGUGUUUGGAUUGAAACUCCCUUGUCUUUUCAUUGAUUUUUAUUGCAAACUUGAGCAUGAACACUUAACAUUUACACAGCACUUUGCUUUGGCACAACAACACAAUUUAUCACAAGUAAAAGGAAACGCUUUGAUUGCACUUGAGAAUAGAAAUGAUUUACAGUCUUUUGACAACAGUUAUUUUGGUACUUCAACAGUGAACACAUUUUGGUCGUACUUGAUUAAUAUUUGAAACUUAAAGUCACACUUGAAAAUUGAUUACGACUUUGUAACAGGACUGAUUUGAUUAAAACUUAAACAACUAGGUUGGCACUUUGAACUCUGAACGUUUAAAGCAUGUCACUUCUUGGUGCACUCACUGGAUUGGUGGUAACGUCCAUUGCACUUUCUGCACCUUAACUUUUUCCUGGGGUCGAGUGGGUGGAUUUUCCAUUUACCCUUCUCUGCUUCACGUUGCUGAAUGAGGUUGUCCAACCAUUCUUUCCUGCCAGUAGGCUUUUCCAAGGUGAGUGGCACGAGCUUCCAUGGCAUGUCUAGUUUUAAUCCACCACAAAUUAUUUCCUUGUUUGAGCGUUUUUCCUCUAACUUUUUCUCUAGUUCUUUAAUUGCUGCCUCUUCUUCCUGCAUCUUGCUCUCAAUCUCUUCUAUUCUGCUGUCUAUUUCCAUGCUCACAUCCUC